GCCGAGCAUGCGCAGAGCGUCGACACUCACCUCACAACACAAGAAACCAUAAACGUGUUUACAGGAUUUAAACUGAACUGUGAGAGUUUCAAAGGAAAGAAAAGCGUCCCGUGAAGAGUCCAGUUAUGAAGUUCCCUGUGGAUCUCCUGGCUGAUGUUAGCCAGGCGGAGCUGGAGCGGUUGGCCCACAGCUACAUGAACAACCUGCUCUACAGCAACCCGGACUUUCCUGAGCAGCUCCGCCUCUCUGACUCCACCCAGGUCACCAUAGAUAUUUCCAGUGUGGGCUUCGUCCCUCUGUAUGGAUCCAGUGAUAAGCAGAAGAUCCUGGCUCUCUUCUCUCCCACUGACCCCUUCACUGCUGUGGCUCUGUUCCUGCUGGACCAGUGGUGGCCAGUGGACGACAUUCUCAAGACGACAGACCCUGCUCGAGAUGGAGCUCUGGAGGUGGAGACAAUAGGAGAGAGAAUAGUUUUAUACAUCCUUAACCGUGUAGUCUAUAGAACCAAGGAGAUGAGCUCUGAGGAGCUUCCCUUCCUCUGCCAUGGAGAAAAAGACCAUGCAAAAAUCCUCUGGAGUAAUGGAGAGGCUGUUGGCUUCUACUCAGUCAAACCCUCAGGUAGCUUUUCUAAUUCUUUUUCAACCAGAAGUUAUCAGCUCCCUGUCAUGGACUCCAUAUAUGUUAGAAAAGGUCAGCGUGGGAAAGGCUUUGGCCUCCAGAUGCUGGAGGACUUUGUGUUCAGUUUCAAAGAUGACUGUCUGGGGUUGAGGUACCCCCUCACAAAACCCAUGUAUAGAGUGUGUGGGAAGUACCUGUGUCAGUACCCAGGACACACUGAGCUGCUGUGGGAGGUGGAGAGCAUAGGUGGGCCCAACCAGAGGACGAAUAUUUCCAGCAGGAUCCAGGCCAUGGAUCAGAGUGCAGUAUCCAAGAGUCUGUCAUUCACAGAGGAAUCACUUGAGAUUACUGAAAUGACUGAAGAGGAUGAGGAAGUGACAGUACUGAGCGCUACCAAAGAGACAGAAGUGCCCCUUACAGCCCGGGGUAGGAGCAGUGGCUCAAAGCGAAGAAUGACAGGACAAAAGAUUGCAGAGGACAUGUCAGAAAAAGUAAUCCGAAUUGAGGAUAUUGAAGCAGAAACCCCCAGAGAGGAGCAAGUUUCUUCGCAACAGAAGACAGACCUGCAUGUCUCUGAAUCGCUGCAGAUUGAGGGUAUGUUCAGUGUGGCUCCUGAAGAACAAGAACAGGAUGUAAUUGAUACUGCAGCUACGAUGUUGGAUCAACAAGAGCUCGAAGAAGCUGAUGUUACAUCAGCACCUGCGACUGAGGAGCCACAAGAAGAAGAAGAUGCCUCACAGGAUCUGAACAACAGCUCUUGUGACUCGCAGAUAGCGGUUGAGAAUGUGGCAUCAGGAAUAGAGGAAGAGUGUCAGAAGGAAGACACUACAGUUCUGGUAGUCUAUGAAGAAGUACACAAGGAAGCAGAAACUCUGGAAAAAGUGGGAGAGGGAACUCAAAUUGGAGUCACUGAUGAAAAGUUGGCAGAAAGAGUUACACAGCACGAGGAAAGUCUAUCAACAUGUGCAGCAUCAGAGAAUGGUGAAGCUGGAAAAACAGGAGGAACCGCUGCAAAGGCCAUAGAACCUGUACAGAGUAAAACCCCCAGACGGAAGUCUACACGGCAUAACAGGGUAGAGAAGGAAACUACAGCCCAGGAUCAAGGGAUCAUUUUGAGAGGAAGAACUGUAAUGAACGCAUCCAAAACCAAACGCAAAUAUACUCGAAGCAGCCAGAAAGUAUGUGAAGAGGUCGAUGAUGUUUCUACACCUAAAGUAGUGGAGGAGUUAUCUGAAACUGAGGGAGAAGAACCAGAGGAAGUGACCUCCAUAAAAGAGGAUGAAGUUGCUGUAGAAGAAUUGACAGAAGAAAAGCAACAGCUGGAAGAUGAACAGGUGACGAAUGAAGAGAAGACAGAGAAACAACAGCAGCCGGAGGUGGAAGACCCGGCAGUGAAGGGGACUUCCACUGAGCUUCCACAUACAGCAGACACUGCACUGACAAAGGAACAUGAGGAUGAAAAAGUAACAGAUGAAUGUGAGAAAGAACAGAUGCAGAAUAAACAAGAUGUCUCUGAUGAUGAGAUAGAGGAGCCCCCUGUUGUACAUAAGAGAGCUUUUAGAGGCAGAUAUAAAGUCUCACCUAGACCCACAAAACAAAGUCUUGAGAAACCAGAGGGAAAGCACACAAAUGACGCAAACCUAGGAGCAGGAAGUUCUGCUGAGGAACAGAAAGCAGAAGAACAAGCAACAGACAAACCCAUGGAGGAACAAGAGGAGACUAACCAAACAGAAGAAGAGAUAUCCACUGUAGUGGAAGAAAAAACUACUCCAAAGGCAGAGGAAGCAGCAGAGGACGUUACACCUUCAACUGAGGUGAAUGUGGAGGAGAGCAAGGAAGUACAUGGAGAAGAGACUGUGUCAGUGAUGGAAGCAGAAAAGGAGGAAGAGGCAGUCAGUGUUACUGGUGUGAAAGAUGACAUGACACAAGAGCCUGAUACGAUUGCUGCUUCAGAAACAGUCGUACCUGAUAAGGUUCCAAGUGAGGCUGAAGAGCCUCAGGUAAACAAUCCCAAGCUCCAGAACGUCACUGUCAUCUUAGUGGACAUAAAAACAACCUGCCAUCAUCUUAGUGCCAAGGAGGCAGAAGAAGCACCAGUUGAUGGAGAGAGGGCUGCUCCAAAAAAGCAACAGGAAGAGGAGGGUGGAUGGAAGCAGGAAAACAUUACAGAUUGGGAUGAGGAAAAAGGUGAAGCAGAGGAAGCACUGGUUAUUGAAACAAGAGAAGAAAAGACAGUUGAAGCAAGCUGCAAAUCCACAAGUGGAAGCAAACAGCAGCAGGAGGAAGACAACUUAGGUGAGGACAUUAUUGCAAAGGAGGUGGAGGAAGCAGAAACAGGCACUGAGGAGGUGGAGGGAGAGAUGGAGGUUGAGGCAAAGGAUGCAGUCACAGUAACAGUUCCUGUAGAGUCUGCAGUCUGUGGCAUAUGUGCAGAUAGAGAGGCAGACAUCCCAGUAGGAGACGAUGCUGAAGAGAAUCUUCCACCAGCUGAGGUAGAUGAGGCAAUGAGCUUGGAAGAGGAAGAAGUACCAGUUGUUGAAACCAGAGCUCUGAGACGUAGAACUAAAACGAGCACAGCUACACCAAAACGCACAACAAAAAGAAGCAGCAAGGAAGUGGAUUCACAAGAAGCAGAAAACUGUGAAGAAGUAGAACCAGCAGUGACAACACGAAAACUGAGACGUGGGAGGAUAUCUCCACCUAGUGAAGAAGAGGCAACACCUUCAGCAGAGGAGCAACACAGUGAGGAAAUGGCAGCCCAGCUUUCUGAUCUCCAAGUGACACCGGCUCAUGACGCCCAGGAAGAAAUGGCAGCUGCAGAGGACGGGCUUCCUGUCCAAAAGACUGCUGAGGCAGAAGAGGAGCCGAAGGAAGAAACAUUGGCACAGGAGAAUGUUCCUGUGGGAAUAGAAACAACGGAGCUGGAGAAGGUGAUGGUGGAAGAGGAAGGGUUUGAGGAUAAAGUGGAAGCAGUUACAAUACAAGAUACAGUAGGGGGAGAACAGUCUGAAGGGGCAGACAGAUCACAAGAGCCGUUGACAGCAGAGGACGACGAGGCAAAAAGUGUGUCUGAGGAGGAGGAAGCACCAGUUAUUGAGAGAGAUCUGAGAAGCGGUGAAAAGACAGUCAGAGUCACAACAAGACGCAAAACCACAAAAAGACAACAUGAUGAGCAAGAGGAAGAGGUAACUCCAGAGGAAAGCACAGAAGAAGAUGAACCAGCAGUAGAAACAAGAGUUCUGAGGAAGGGAAGGAAGUCUGCUGCUGCCACACCUGCACGUACAUCCAAAAGAGCCCGCACACAGCGUCAGAAAGAGGAAGAAUCUACUCCACUUGAAGAGACUGAACAAGAAGAAGAGGCAGGGCAGGAGGAGGUGAAGGAAGAAGGAAAGAGUAUGGAAAUGGAGAAAGACAAAGAAGUGGAAGAGGCAGAGCAGGUGAAGGAGGAAGCCGCAGUGCCUGAACAGGACAACAACAGUGUGGAAGCUGUGGAUGAAAUGGCCAUUUCAUCAGCUGAGGUCGAAGAGACAAAUGCAGCUGAGGAAGAGGAAACCACAGUCAUAGGAGAAUCUGCUGCUGCUACAGCAGUGGGAUCUGACCAUGCCACCGCUGAAGAAGAGGCUCUAGUUGAAGAAGCUUCAGCUGUAACAAGAGCACUGAGGAGCAAAAAAAAAACUUUAGAUGCUACACCAUCACAAAAACCCACAAGACAGAAAGACCAAGGAGAUUCACCUCGCAGAUCCGUACGAAAAAGGCCAAGAGUGGAUUACAGGGAAAAUGAAGAUGAGGCUGAGCGAGGUGUGACUGACAAGGAGCGAAAGGUUCAGGAGGAAUCGGAUAAGGACAAAGACACCAAGGAAGCUGAAAGCUCUGCAGAUGAACCGACAGGGAAGCUCAAUCUAGAAUUAGAUACAGAUGAAGAGGUAGAGACAGCAGCUAUAAGUCAAGAGGAAGAGGAAGAUGAGCAGAAUGUGUCUGAGGAAGAGGUGGAGCAUGUAGUGACUGGAAAGAGAGUUUUAAGAGGGAGGUCAGUCCCUUCAGUAAUAAUCACAACCCCAUCUAGAUCCAGACGCUGCAGUGCCAAAGUUGAAACAGCAGAGGAGUCUGAAGACGAGAAGAAGAGAAGAGGUACCGAGGUUACUUCAACUCGCAAAUCCAAGCGUCUCAGCAGAGUGUAGAAUGAUUGACAGCGACACAAACGGUCACAAAACUGGGAAAAUGCAAAAAAACCAAACAUAAUUUCAUACUUUUAGCUGUAAUGCAAGCGUCUGCAGUGUGCAGACCUACGGUGUAGGCCGACACACAGCUGUACGUUCUUCAUCUUCUCUGCUUCUGCAAAUGUUACACCACGUUUCAGCAUUUAGCUUGUUCCUGUACGCUGUGAUAGACCCACCUCUAGCACUGGGAGCACUGGGAAAGGCUCCAGCCCUGCAAAGGAUACGAGUUACUGUCUUGCUUUGAAGCGACUAUGUCUACAAUUCCCAAAUGUAUCCUUAAUUAAACCAUGUCUCAUUUUCUACACAGACAUCAAUUUUAUAUAUAUAUAUAUAUCAAUUACAUUGUUGAGUUAAACACCAGGUUUGAUCAUAAACAAACUGAUGGACAGUGGAUUUCUUAAAAAGCCAUAUUUCUUUUAACACAAAGCUCUGACAAGUUGGGAAUUAAUAUUUUUAUAUUGUAAAAAUGUGAAAUGUCCAGUUUGCACCGUGCAAUGCGACAAAUCUCUCAACUAUAUUUUGGUAAUUUUUUACAACGCCCCAUUCCACAAGAUCCAAUUAGAAAGAUGGUGAAAUAAAAUGAAUUGAUCUUUUUUAAAACAGAUUUGUACUUACAAAGGAAACAGCCAUUUUACAGGUUCUUUGUGUACCAAAGAAAACUACAAAACUAAAAUUACCAAAACAUGUUCUUGCUUCUUGCAGCUGUCAGAACUCAGGUCUUAAUAUUAACAUGUUUUUAUAUACAUCUCACAUGUAGAGAUCCAUCUUAUAUCAUGCGUUACUUACUUUGUGAACUGGAGCGUUCCAACCAUUAGAGAGGACAUGAUGUAGUCCAGGGGUCGGGAACCUAUGGCUCUUUCGAUGACGCGAUAUGGCUCACAGACAAUUUUGAGCUGACAUUUUUUAACAUGAUUAAUAGGUAAUAAAUAAUUGCACUGUGUCAUUUUAAA